GAUAGAGGAUAUACAAGUAAUACUGGCACAUGAUCACACUGAAUUGGGAAUUACAAAAUAACACACUUUGGGGUAAGGGGAAUUUUUAUUUUUCAUUUUAACUCCACAAAUGUGAAAGUGGUAGGAAGGAGUCAAGUAAAGAAAGGAGCAUGAGUUUCAGAAUGCCUAGUGCCUUCUGCCUUGUUGGGCUUACGGAAAAACCAGUUUUUCUAACUCAUGAACAGAGCCAAGCUUCUGCCACUUGACUGGGGGAAUACUUGGGAGAGGUAAGGGGCUUAAUUAGACUUUAUAUCCCCAGCACCUGUCACAGUGCCUGACAGCAGAAAGUCAAAAAAAGUUAUUUUAAAGCGAUAAAGUAUUAAAUAAUCAAGGCAACCGGACAAAUAUUUGUGACAAAAUAGUCUACCUUAGAUCUCAAACCCCCCAUCCCUACCUCAACCUCCACCUACCCGGAUGGACCCGUCUUCCCCUUAGAAUGACACUCCUAGGUGCAAGAAAACGUGAUCCAGUGGAAACUUCUCAGAGUUAUGGGAACCACCUCCUUCGUUUGUUGCUAAAGAGGGGAAGAAGGACGGAGAUGAGGCUGGGAGAAACGGAGCGCCUCUAGGGCGGAGCAAUAGCGGCGUGCCACUUGGCAGGGGUCCCGCCGGUGUCGUCAGUUACCUCCGCUCCCACCCUCACCCGCCCUAAUUCUCGCUCUGGGAAAUAAGCCGUUAGCAACACAUGCCUGAAAGGCUGGGACCCGGCAUCUCCGCGAUGGGCCCGGGGGACUCCCGCCGCCGCCGACAGAGACCCUCCCGCGGGUCCCACGGAGUCCCAGGCAGAGCGGGGCUUUGGCCCCCAGCCCCUCGCCCCGCGCGCGGCUUCCCCGGGGGCAGCAGGAGCGUGCACGUCCAGGAGGAGGCCCCCGACGCCAGCCCGCUGCUGGAAAACCUCAGGCGGCGGCUGGCGAGCGCCUUCCAGCGGGCGGUGCCGCGCGGGUCGAGGCGCUCGCGGGAGGCGGCGGCGCGGGAGGAGCGGAGCCGGGCGCGCGUCGAGAGCGCCCCGGGCCGGCUGCGCGCCGAGCUGCUGGAAAUGCGUUUCCAAAAUCGCCAGCUGGCCAGAACUUUACUGGAUUUAAACAUGAAAAUGCAGCAAUUGAAAAAGGAGUAUGAACUGGAAAUUGCAUCAAAAUCUCAAAGCUCAGAAGAUAAUGCUGUGAAUCUGGAAUAAGGAAAUGCACACUUGAAGAUCUGAACCCUAAAAAUAACAUAGACAUCUCCAAAACAAUUCUGACACUAACAUCAUGGAUGCCUUGCAUAAGAUUUUAGGGUCAAUUUGUGGGCCAAAAACUUAGAUGCCACGGGGAAGCGACAGAAAACAUCUAAGAGGGGGAAGAUAGAAAAUGAUGUAUUACCAAAUUUUAACGUUAUUUAUUCAUUGUUUCGGCUGGGAAGUAAAAAUAAAAUGUAUUGAAGAAUGCUUUAAUGCCAAUUUCUAGCAUUUUGUCUUGUGCCACCUUAAUUUUCUGGCAUUACCUGAACUUUCAGAAUCUGUGCAUGAUUUUGUAUUUCUUGAUUAUUCUUGGUUUGUCUGUCCAGUUAGCUAUUCAGUAUCCACGCCCCCCACCCCCCGCAAGUGUCCCACUCUCCAUCCCCCCAUGGGUAUAGUCAGGCAGAUCAAGGCAGGUUGAUCAGCUUCUCCUGGGAGUCUUUGAACUAGAACUAAGGGAGUGGAUGAGUAUUUCCUGAUGGUAGAAGCCGUGGGUCAGCGGGGCUUGGAAGCUGCCGAUGCCCGCCAUGUGAGAAAGUGUGAGCUCUAAUGAAGGAGGCUCAAACUGAACCACCGAGGGGACGAAAGGAGAGGGAGAGAGCUGAUCUUCCUUGUCCCUGGGGUCGACCUGUAUAAAACUCCAGCCCUUGCUGUCAUUUAGAUAUAUGAAAAUACUCUAAUAUCCUCCUAAUAAA